UCAUACAGUAUAACAAUGGCUAACAAUGAGGUAAUUCUAUUGGAUUUCUGGCCUAGCAUGUUUGGCAUGAGGCUAAGGAUUGCACUAGCUGAAAAAGAGAUAAAAUAUGAGAACAAAGAACAGGACUUGUGGAACAAAAGCCCGUUGCUUUUACAGAUGAACCCUAUCUACAAAAAAGUACCAGUUUUGAUUCACAAUGGAAAGCCCAUAUGCGAGUCUAUUAUUGGAGUUGAGUACAUUGAUGAAGUGUGGAAGGAUAAAGCUCCUUUACUCCCUUCUGAUCCUUAUGAGAGAGCACAAGCUAGGUUCUGGGCUGACUAUAUUGACAAGAAGUUGUAUGAUUCUGCAAGGAAGAUAUGGGCAACAAAAGGAGAAGAACAGGAGGCAGGUAAGAAAGAUUUCAUAGAAGUCCUUAAAGUGCUGGAGGGAGUACUAGGAGACAAGCCUUACUUUGGAGGGGAUAACUUUGGUUUUGUGGAUAUUGCUCUCAUUGGGUUCUACACUUGGUUUUAUGCCUAUGAGACUUAUGGUAACUUCAGCACAGAGGCUGAGUGUCCAAAGUUUGUGUCUUGGGCCAAGAGGUGCAUGCAGAGGGAGUCUGUUGCCAAGUCUUUGCCCGAUCAACAUAAGGUCUAUGAGUUUAUACAAUGGUUAAGACAGAAAAUUGGAAUUGAAUAAACAUAUGCUUACGCAAUUAUGAUGUUUCUCGGAAACAACAUCUCACCUCCACGAGGUAGAGGUCUUCGUACUCUCUACAGUCCCCAGACCCCACUUGUGGGAUUACUGUGUAUGUUGUUGCUGUUGCUGUUGUUGUUGUUAUGCUUCAUAAUGUAUUUAAAAGGCACUUCAUUGUGCUUUCUUGAGUUGAAUUUUCAAGAUUUGAGAAGGUUGUUUGGUCAUAGUGCAAGGUCUAGUUUUACUUAUAAUAAAGGACUCUUAAGUGUGUCUUGUUUGAGUGUUGUUUGUUGUAGUUUGUGUAUGUAACUCUCGAGCUUCUCCUCUUUUGUAUUUACUUAUUGACAAUUGAGUUAUUUUACUUUUUCUUGGUUCUUGUU